UAUCAAUCGGCUAAAUUUAAGAUACGUAUCGAAAGACAUCAUAUCGAUAUUAGAGAUACUUUCAACCAUGCCACCGGCCUUAGGAUCGGUGUGACAAGUAAGCGUGCCAAGUGUACCCAACCUUCUCGAUUCCCGGAGUCACAUUCUCACCUCCCAUAGGGUCCAUUUGAAUGAAUGGCGGAAGCAAACGGAGGAGCAACCAUGUCAGCAGUAACAGUAGGAGGAGGAUGUGGUUUUGGCAUGGGCGUGGUGGAAGUUUGCUCCACAGAAGUCCUUCGAUGGGUUUCCCUUCCCUGUGGUUCCCUAUCCCGACCCUUCUAUUAAUUUCUCUCUCUCUCGAUACAUUGAUGCCAUCACUCACAACAAAUCAUGGCUACAAAAUUUGCUCCAUUCCAGAGGUGCUCUCCUUAUGAGAGGUUUCCCCGUCACCACAGCUUUCGACUUCGACUGCGUCGUCCAGGCUUUCGGCUACGAGGAGUUACUCUAUGUCGGAGGAGCUGCUCCCUGUACCAAUGUCGUCGGUAGAGUCUUCCCUGCCAAUGAAUCCCCUCCUGACCAGAAAGUCCCCCUUCACCACGAGAUGGAUCAGGUCCCUGAGUUCCCUUCGAAGCUGUUUUUCUUUUGCGAGGAAGAGCCAGCCAGUGGGGGUGAAACUCCCAUAGUUCUCAGCCAUCUUGUUUACAACAGGAUGAGGGAGAGGUACCCAGAAUUCGUUGAGAGGCUGGAGGAGUUGGGUCUCGUUUACACCAGGAUAUUAGGGGCUGCAGACGAUCCUUCUUCUCCCAUUGGCCGUGGUUGGCAGUCCACUUUCUUAACCACCGAUAGACGCAUAGCAGAGGAAAGGGCUGUCCGCCUAGGUAUGAAGCUGGAAUGGAUGGGGGAUGGAGGGAAAACAGUAAUGGGCCCAAUCCCAGUUGUUAAAUUUGACCAGACUAGAGGGCGCAAGAUUUGAUUUAAUAACAUGAUAGCUGCUUAUACAGGCUGGGAGGAUGCACGGAAUGAUCCUGCGAAUGCAGUUACUUUUGGGGAUGGGGCACCAUUGCCAUCUGAAAUAAUCUGUGGUUGCCUAAGAAUCCUGGACAACGAUUGCGUUGUCAUUCCUUGGAAAAAUGGUGACAUCCUACUUUUAGACAAUUUGGCUGUCCAUUCUUGACGAUCAUUCAUACCACCUCGCCGUAUACUGGCUUCACUGUGCAAGUAAUAUUGGUGCACUUUCUCCUUUCCUGUGAUCCGGCCAGUUAUACAAUUAAUUGCCUCACACACCAUUGUGCCUAAACAUAUAAUGAGAGAAUAAGUACAAUUAAACUGCUGAUGUUUGCUGGGCUUUCUUUAAUGUGUAAUAAAUUCUGAAGCUGCCUUUUCUGGGAAGAGGUUCACCAAACUCUACUUGUAUAGGAAUCAUAUUUGUCUAUCUAGUAUUUUUGUUUUUGUUUUUGUU